AUGGAAAAAGUGAAGCAAGAGACGGUGGAUUCAACUUACGAACUGGGAACUACUAGUUUGUUGCCAGGAGAAAAUUCCGGUGACAUGAUUGAAUUGUUACCUUUCGAGCGAAAUCUCAUGCUUGAUACUUAUGCUGAUGAUGUGCUUUUCAUCGUUGCUAGUGGUUUGGGUUUGGAACGUCUGAUUCUUCAUCAUCUGCAUUUGUACUCCGAUCCGCAAUUACUGGUUUUUGUAAUCAAUACUACUCCUCAGGAUGAUGAGUAUUUUUUGUGUCAUCUUCGAAACAGCAAAAUCAAAUGUCCUCCAAAAAUUAUUACUGCAGAUUGUUCCACAAAAGACAGAGAAUCAUUGUAUAUGGAAGGAGGAAUACAGUUCAUAACAUCACGAAUAUUAAUGGUGGAUUUAUUGCAAGAACGCGUCCCCGUGAAGAAUGUUGCUGGGAUUAUUGUUCAUCGUGCACAUCAACUGCUAAAUGGUUUUCAAGAGUCAUUCAUUCUUCGUUUGUAUCGAGAGAAGAAAGAAAAUGGCUUCAUUAAAGCAUUCAGUGAUAAUCCAGGAGCAGUGAUUGGUUUGGGUGUUCUGCAGCGAUUGCUUAACAGAUUAUAUGUUCGAAGAAUUAGACUUUUGCCUAGAUUUGAUGUAGAUGUCAAGCAUUCAUUAGAUACCUGUUCUCCUAAAAUGGUGGAAAUAUCAAUAAACAUGCCACAUCCCAUGCGAAAAGUUCAAUGUUUAUUGGUAGAUAUAAUACGUACUUGUGUUCGAGAAUUGAAACAGUCUUCAUCGUCUGACAUAUCUUCAGAAGAAGAAGAAAUGAUCCAGCCCGUUCUUGAUAUUUACCCGUCUACUCUUGAAAGACAGCUAGCAUCACAGCAAUUCUCCAUUUCUGAAAAGCAGCAGCGACUACUUGCAGAUCUUAAGCAACUUAGAGGCCUUCUUUACAGAGCUGAAGAGUUAGAUCCAAUUACUCUUCACUGUUCCUUAAAUGAAAUCAAAAACGAUAAGGAUUUGCUUACAAAUAACAGUGGCUGGAUGUUCACUCAAACUUCUGCACGGCUGGUCGCGGAAGUAGAUGGGUUAUGUAAAAUAAAAUCUGAUAGUGGACAAACCGUGCUUGAACCUCCGAAAUGGAAAGCGCUUCUUGAUAUUUUGAAUGAAAUAAAAAAAAAUAACAAUCAAAAUGAGCUCAGCAAUAAAAAACAAACGGUGUUAUUAAUCGGCGCAGGAAAUGAAGUUUGUCUACAACUGCGUGAUAUUAUUACUGAUGGAGUAAAAAAAUUUUUAUGGGUUAAAAAUCAACGAUUAGGUGAGGAAUUCAUUAGCAGCACAGACGAACCGCAAGCUGAACCAUCAUGGGAUCCUUCACAAGUGAUUUUGUUUAACAAAAAUGUUGAGGAUGAAACUCGUGGGGAAACUUUGAGCAGUGUAAAAGUGCAGCAAAAAGAAAUAGUCCGAAAAAAUCGAAAACGACGUCGUUUAUUUGAUGAAAUGAAAAAAAAAGAAAGCUCUAGCAAGCAGACGCGACUCAUGCGUUUCGGCAUCGUGCAGAUCAAAAAAUCUGUAGAGGAAAGUGAAAGCGCUCAUAACAACGAUUCCAGUGUUGAAAACACGCAUUCUGACCCUUCAAGAGACUCAGAAACUUGUAUUUUGGAAAAGCAAGAUCCUUUAUUAAUAAUCGUUUCCAGUAAUGAUCGAUAUAAUCUCAUGAAACAACUGGAAAUAUUUGAUCCACGAAUUGUCAUUCUUUAUCAUUCUGAUUUGUUUUCUCUUCGUUUGCUUGAGAUGUACAAAGCAUGCUAUUCCGAUAAAUCACUGACAAUAUAUAUUGUCAUGUAUGCUAAUUCAAAUGAAGAAGAGCGAUAUUUACUUUCGCUUAGGAAAGAGCAAAUCGCUUUUGAAGAAAUGGUUCGCGAGCAUGGGACAUUGAUGUUUGCUAGGGAAUAUGAAACUGAACGUGAUGAACCUCGACAACUAAAACUUGCCAAGUCUACUAGAGAUGCGGGUGGAAGAAUCAGUGAGGAAGAAGAAGAAAAUCCAAAAGUAAUAGUUGAUAUGAGAGAAUUUAAUAGUCAGCUACCAACUGUGCUUUACAAAAGAGGUAUCGAUCUCAUACCAGCUACGAUUGAGGUUGGAGAUUACAUUCUGUCUCCAAAUAUUGCUGUUGAACGGAAAGCUCUAGACGAUCUUACUCAGUCGCUUCAUAGUGGCCGGAUCUUCAAACAAAUUGAACAGAUGCUCCGUCAUUAUAAAUGUGUGGUUUUGCUUAUUGAAGCAAAUGUGAAGGUUGAUUGCAGAAAAAUAAAUGGUGGUCCUUUUCAAGGAGAAUUAAGUCGUCGUUGUCGUGAAACGCGAUCUAUUUUCACUAUUUUGGUGAGGACUUAUCCGAAAAUGAACAUUAUUUGGACGUUAGAUCCACUUAAUGAACCAAAUCCAGAUCUGACGCAAACGCUAGCUAUUAAAAGUGAUUUGGAAGAAUCAACAAAUACUUCUGAUUCAACGUCAGGUGACAAAGUCAUACAAAAGCGUGUGAAUUCUGUCUUACAUCGGCAACUGACACGCCUCCCUGGUAUGUCUAGCGGUGAAGUCACACGUUUAAUGAAAUGUGAGAAAAUUAAGUGCUUGCUGGAUGUUGUCAAUGCAAGUGUUAAUAAACUAGAAGAAAUUUUAACUAAUACUGAACAAGCUUCUUCUUUGCAUCAUUUUUUCAGCACAGAUUUUAAACUGAAAGCUUUAUUAUCUUAA